AUGCGGUCAACGGCUAGGCUGCUAUACGCGGCGGCGGUCUUUGCCUGUGCGAAUCUGGCCGACGCUGGCAGUCAUGGCUCAGAAGGGUUGGACACGAUGAAGUGCGCUAUCGACCCGUCAGCUAUGGUUUCUGACGCAUGUGUGUCCUAUGGCACUAUCAACAAACUCAACGACGAAAUCUACACUCUCCUCCAGUCCAUCACUCUCCAAACAGACUUCUUCUCCUACUACCGCUUGAACCUCUUCAACAAAGAAUGUCCCUUCUGGUCAGACUCAAAUAGCAUGUGCGGCAAUAUUGCGUGCUCCGUGAACACCAUUGAAUCCGACGAAGACAUCCCGCUCGUCUGGCGAUCGGAGGAGCUGAGCAAGCUGGAAGGCCCCAAGGCGAACCAUCCGCCCCGCAAGGUCCAGGCUGAGCGUCCCAAGGAGAGGCCACUCCAGGGUAUGCUCGGUGAAGGUGUCGGAGAGAGCUGCGUGGUCGAGUACGAUGACGAAUGUGACGACCGGGACUACUGUGUCCCCGAGGACGAGGGCUCGGCCGGCAAGGGUGACUACGUGAGCUUGGUUGACAACCCGGAGCGAUUCACAGGGUAUGCGGGAGAGGGCGCGCACCAAGUUUGGGACGCGAUCUACCGCGAGAACUGCUUUGUGAAGCCCAUGGCAGAGGAGCUGGAAGAGCAGUCGCUCAACCUUCCGAUGGGUGGACUGCAAGCCGUGUCCGAUUUCCGGAACGUCCUGCAGAAAGAGUCGCAGCGUCUCGACGGCUUGCCCUUGGACAACGAGUGCUUGGAGAAGCGCGUCUUCCACCGGCUAAUCAGCGGGAUGCAUGCCUCCAUUUCCACGCAUCUUUGCUGGGACUACCUCAACCAAACGACGGGCGAGUGGCACCCGAACAUGCAGUGCUACAAGGACCGGCUACACGAGCACCCGGAGCGCAUCUCCAACAUGUACUUCAACUACGCACUUGUCUCUCGCGCCGUCGCCAAGCUUCGCAAGCACCUGCAGGGCUACACUUUCUGCACCAGCGACCCAGACCAAGACGUCGAGACCAAGCAGCGGAUUAACCAGCUGACGGAGGUGCUCUCGCGGCCGCCCCAGAUCUUCGACGAGAACCUCAUGUUCCAGGACCCGAACGCGGAGGGCCUUAAGGAGGACUUCCGCAAUCGCUUCCGCAACGUCAGCCGGCUGAUGGACUGCGUGGGGUGCGAUAAGUGCCGACUCUGGGGCAAGCUGCAAGUGAAUGGGUACGGGACAGCCCUGAAGGUGCUGUUCGAGUAUGACGAGACCAAGAACGGGGAGAACCCGCCGCUGCGCCGCACGGAGCUGGUUGCCCUGAUCAACACGCUGGGGCGCAUUUCGCACAGUAUCGCUGCUGCGCGCAGUUUCCACGAAGCUCUGGAAGCGGGCCAGGAGAAUGCGUUCCCACUGCGGCAUUCGGCGCCCUCGACGCAUAACCACGUUGAGGCUCAACAUGAAGGUACGCAAGCUCGGAAGUUGUUCCAUGAUGGUACGGGACAGUUCUAUUAUGAGAAUGAUGAGGGCGAGUAUAUCUACGGGCGAGAGAAGGUCGACCGUCUCCCGUGGGAGCGUCCGCCCCGAAAGCCGGAUUCCUCUUUCUUCGAUGAUCUCAAGGUCGAGUUUGAUAUGGUAUGGGAUGUGACUGUGUAUGUCCUGCGCAGCUGGAUAGACAUUCCCCGGACCAUAUUUGAGAUUACUAUAUGGGAAGGGCAGCGGCUCUGGGCCUUCUGGCUGGGUCUGCCUGUGCCUCCUCGCCCCUGGAAGAUCCAGGCUCCUAAGUUUGAAGGGUCUCGGCCCCCUUCAGCUCAGCCUCACAGCGAGCUGUGA